ACGCUUUGGAAGUGGAUCCUCCUACUGGCAGUGUCAGUCAACCGAAACACAUUUGCGACAUCUGUGGUGCAUCAUACAAAUCACCUGCUGGUUUACACCUGCACAAGGAAAUCCACACAUUGGUUGAGCCAAAACCAUACAAAUGUGGUCACUGUAGUUCUCGAUUCGCUCAUAAGCGUACCCUCCAUUUUCACGAACAAAAAAAACACCUACCGUCAAGUUCGAAAUUGCACCAAUCCGACAAACCGCUGUUCAAAUGCGAGAUGUGCAAUAAAACUUUCACGUUAAAUAAAACACUGAAGGUUCACCGUAUUAUAAAGCACACGUCGGAAAAGAAUUUCAAAUGCGACAUUUGCGGCAAAGAGUACCACAUGAUGAAGCAGUUGAUGACGCACCGGAAAUUGCACAGCUCGGAGCGUUCGUAUAAAUGCGAUAUCUGCGGCAAUGGAUACAAGAGAAAAGACAUUCUUGUGAUGCAUAUGAAAAUUCACACCGCGCCGCAAUCUUUCGAAUGUGACAUAUGUGGUAAAAUUUGCACUCCCCAUACACUGCGGAUGCAUAAAAUUACACAACACACGUCGGAAAAACCAUUCGCGUGUAACGUAUGCGGUAAAGAUUUCCAUAUGCAACAUUUGCUUACGAGGCACUUGAAGCUGCAUAGCUCGGAACAGCCAAACCGGUGUCCGGUUUGUGAAAAACAUUUUCUAUUUGAAAGUGAGCUUGCGCGGCAUAUGCUCAUUCACAGCGAUGAGCGACCGUUCGAAUGCGACGUCUGCGACGCAUCCUUCAAGACACCCGAUGGCCUGCAGAAACACCAGAGACUCCAUACGUCCGACGGUCGAAAACUCCACGACCGAAAACACGCUUGCGAUAUCUGUGACAGAAAAUUCUCCAGAAAAUAUAUUCUCAAGUGUCAUUUGAGAACUCACAUCGCAGAACGCUCGCUCGAGUGUGAUAUAUGUCACAAAACUUUCGGCUCAGGCAAAACGCUUUAUGACCAUAAAAUUAUAAAACACACACAGGAAAAGAAUUUUGAAUGUCCAGAAUGUGGCAAAGCUUUCCACAUGAAAGCACAACUAACGAAGCAUCUGAAAAUACAUAACCCAAAGCAUAACUCGGAUCGCGCACACAAGUGUCUGACAUGCGGAAAGGUCUACAAGAACAAAUCUACGCUCGUUGAGCACAUGUCUCGACACGCCGGUGAGGGCAUACAUAUUUGCGACAUCUGUGGUGCAUCAUACAAGACGAAGGCUUGUUUUCUCCGGCACAAGCAAAUCCAUCACACAUCCUCGUCCGUUGAGCUAAAACCUUACAAAUGUGACCAGUGUAGUUCUCGAUUCGGCCAUAAGACUAGUCUGAAUUUUCACAUAAAGAAAAAACACUUACCGUCAUGUUCCAUCAAUAAUGAUGCAUCAGAAAAUGCAGAAAGGAACCUCGUGUAG